UUAAUUUCCAGGCCCGUUCCUCAUCACGACGCGUGGCAGGGCUGUACUAAGCCCGAAGUGUGCGCUUCUUCGUUGCGGCUUAUGAAGAUGACCCACAUUCCUCUGCCGCCUCAGCAAUAAUGGAGGGUGGUGUCGAGGGCAUGGUAGCGGUGGUCACCUGGCUUUCCGACGCGGGACUAGCCUUCAAUCUUCUCAGAAACUCGCGACAAUGCCGACCCCCCCAAAAGUUACCGGCAUCGCGGCCGUCUCGCAACCCCUCAAACGCAGUAGCAUCACAAACCGUCUCCGAGCACAAUUAUAAACGUCGGCGCCUAUCUCCAGAACCUUAUGCAAGCACCUAUCAGGUAUCCCACUGCGGCGUGGACACCCGUUCCUCUGCUUGCGAACACACGGAGUUCCCGCCACAGAGGCAGAAACCAUCAGAAUUUGGCAAUUUUGAGGUGGGCAAUAUCAGAUGUCAUUCCCCUGCACGCAGUGACAUCCAUAACUACCGGGGAAACUUUGAUACACUUGGAACCAGAGGGUGCCAGUUCAGGCUGCAGCAGGAACGAGACGUGGAUGAAUUCGUGAGCUCGCUCAGGAAGUACCCGAACGUGACUGAGCAUUUGCCGUCCACUCAACUAUUAGAACAACUCCUCAAAACUUCACGAAAUCACUCUCCAAAACAAUCCCAUGCCCCAGCACCAUCAAAGAAGCGCCGUCACCAUUGGGACAAGCCGCGACCCUUUGCGUCACUCAGUCCCUAUGCCCAUAAACAGAAAGAAAGUUACAGAAGAUUACGAAAGAAGAAACACACCAACGCACAUGUUGAUUCAAAAGAGAAGGAAUAUUCUCUGCAAGGUGGACUUGUAAGUGUAACCGCCUUCGACUACUUGAACAGCGGAGCCCGAUCGUCAGCAGGGAACUUAACUAAAAGUAUCGAAAAUACAAUCUUCAAGAAUGUUUUUAGAGUGAAGAACCGGGAUAAAGGAAGACCCGUGACAGCCUUUCCAGUUUGUCCGACGCUUCAGAGCAGAUAUGAGAAGCAUUUAAAGAAAUACCACGCGACGACCUCUAAAACCCCUCACGUGGACUUGGAGAACCUUCCGACGUGUAGCAAGUGUUUGCUAAAGCGGCCAUGCCCCUGCGAAGCUGCCAAACGCGUCCGUCGGCAUGUAGAUAAAGAUGUUCAAGAAAUAAGACAAUUUGAAGACGCUAUUUUUUCCUGGCUUAAAGAUAUACCUGUCUAUCCAAAUGAAAACCCACAGGAUAAAUUUAUUAGAGAUGAUAUUGUUAAAAAAUUAGCAGAAACGCUUAGUAAAUUCAAUGAUGCGGACUUUGCUAUUAAGGGGAAAGAAGAAAUUAAACGAGCAUUGGAUAAAAUGCCGAUGUGGUACCCGAAGGGAGAAAAUGAACGAGAGAAUUUUAUAAAUGAUAUUGUAGACAACUUGUUGGAGAAAAUAAAUGGCGUUCAAGAAAUGAAAAUGUUUAAUCAAGCUACAAAAGACUUUUUUGAUGACAUUAAGUUUGGAAAGGAAGUCGAUGCACAACAAGCAUUAGAUGAUAUUAUUAGAGAAUUAAAUAAAAUAGCACUUAACAGACCAGAAAAUAAUGACAUAUACAGAGAUCUGUUAAAAAUGAAGGCGUUUGAACUACUGGAUGGACUCCAAAUUAAAAGUAACGGAAAUAAAUACGAAUAUUUGAAUAAAUUGUCCAACGAGCUUGCAGAUCGCUUAUUAAAUGUAUCUAUUAAAUCCAAAGACGCGGAACAUAAAAUAAACUUGGAUAAUGCUAUUAAAAAUAUGCUUGAUGAAACCAAUGUUCGUAUCAAAGAUAGAGAUAAUGUCGAAAAAAAGUUGCAGGCUGUUAUAGCUGAUGUUGUUGCACAAAAUAUUGAUAAAGAUGAAGCUGAAAUUAAAAUAAAAAGUAUACUAGACGGAAAAGUUCCAGAUAGCGAAAUUGAAAAUAUCGCUAAUAAGACACUUACAUUGGCAGAAAUAAGUCAAAAUGCAACACAGAUAGAUCCAGAAACCAUAGUUGAAGACAUACGGGACAUCCUUGACCUUGCCAAUGUUCAAAUUAAGAAUAGAGCGAACUUAGAGAAAGAUUUAAGUCAACUCGUGUCAGAUAUAAACACAAACAACAUAGAAGAAAAUAAAGCAAAAAGUAAAAUAAAAUCUAUACUUAAAGGACAAGUUCCGGAAGAUAAACUCGCAGAGAUUACUGAACAGGUACUAAUAUUAGCUGAUCGGGUGAAACCAGUUGAUGAUGAAAUGAAACAAGUAAUAAAAGGAGACGUACGAGACAUCCUAUCCGAUGUUCAAAUCAAAAAUAGUGGAAAAGUAGAAAAAGAUUUAAGUAAGCUUAUUGCAGAUAUUACCGCGAAAGGUAUAGAUAAAGAUCAAGCUGAAACACAAAUUAAAGCUCUACUCAAAGGAAAAGUACCGGAAGAUAAACUCAAAGAAAUUACUGAACAGGUACUAACAGUAUCUGAUCGGGCGAAACCUAUUGAUGAAAAAACGAAACAAGUAAUAAAAGGAGACGUACGAGACAUCCUAGCCGAUGUUCAAAUCAAAAACAGGGAAAAUGUAGAAGAAAAUUUAAGUAAGCUUAUUGCAGAUAUUAACGCGAAAGGUAUAGAUAAAGAUCAAGCUGAAACACAAAUUAAAGCUCUACUCAAAGGAAAAGUACCGGAAGAUAAACUCAAAGAAAUUACUGAACAGGUACUAACAGUAUCUGAUCGGGCUAAACCAAUUGAUGAUGAAACGAAACAAGUAAUAAAAGGAGACGUACGAGACAUCCUAGCCGAUGUUCAAAUCAAAAACAGGGGAAAAGUAGAAGAAGAUUUAAGUAAGUUUAUUGCAGAUAUUACCGCGAAAGGUAUAGAUAAAGAUCAAGCUGAAACACAAAUUAAAGCUCUACUCAAAGGAAAAGUACCAGAAGAUAAACUCAAAGAAAUUACUGAACAGGUACUAACAGUAUCUGAUCGGGCGAAACCAAUAGAUGAUGAAACGAAACAAGUAAUAAAAGCAGACGUACGAGACAUCCUAUCCGAUGUUCAAAUCAAAAACAGGGGAAAACUAGAAGAAAAUUUAAGUACGUUUGUUGCAGAUAUUAUCGCGAAAGAUAUAGAUAAAGAUCAAGCUGAAACACAAAUUAAAGCCCUUCUCAAAGGAAAAGUACCGGAAGAUGCACUAGAAGAUAUUACUGAACAAGCACUAAAAUUAGCUGAUCGGGUAAAACCGUUAGAUACAGAGACGAAACAAAUCAUUAAAGAAGAUAUACAAGAUAUCUUUGACAAUUCCAACAUUCAAAUUAAGAAUAGAGGGAAAGUAGAAGAAAAUUUAACUACACUAGUAGCUAAUAUAUCUAAAGGCAUGGGCAAAGACAAAGCUAUAACACAAAUUAAAUCUCUCCUUAAAGAUACAGUUCCGGAAAAUAAACAGGAAGAAAUAACUAAAAAGAUACUUUCAUUAGCCACUAAAAUCAAACCUAAAUUGAAAUCAAUAGAUCUGGAAACUAAACAAAAUAUAGAUAAACAGUUAAGUGAUAUCCUUUAUCAGUCAGCACCUUAUAUAAAGGACAAACGCAAAGUUGAAGAAAAGUUACGGAGUCUUGUAUCUGACAUACUGAUGAAAAAAGUCGGUACAGACAAAGCUAAACAGUCUAUUAAAAGUAUACUUAAGGGUGAAAUUCCGAAGGACAAGGUAGAAAAUACCAUACUCAAGGUCUUAGAGUUAGCUAAAAAUAUAGAGGAUAAUCAAAGUAUGCAUUAUCCUAUAUCAGAAGAAACCCUUAAAGAAGACAUAAGUGACAUCCUUGAUCGUACUAACGUCCGCAUUAAGAACAGAGACAUAGUUGAAAAACAUUUACAUGAUAUUAUAAGCGAUCUAGUUAUGCGCGGUUUGGAUAAAGUUAAGGCUCAAGAUUACAUCAAUAGUACGCUCAAGGGAAAUGUACCGGACAGUCAGGUUGAAGAAAUCUCUAAGAAAAUAUUUGCCUUGGCUGAGAAUGUAUCGCGAAGCUAUAGUGAAUACAGCGAUGGCCCAGUUGCUUCAUCAACUCAAAAUGAAGAAAAAAUAUUAUUUGAUCAGGUCUUUGAAGUUAUAAGAGAUUGGUUAAAAAAUCUGAACAUCCAUUUAAGUAAUAAUAAAUUGAAUGAAGUAGCGGAAGCUAUAGCAAAUGAAACCUUAGACAGGCGGAAGUAUUUGCAGCUCAAUCCAGGAGUAAAAAUCUCAGAAGCUAAGGAAUCGGAAAUAUUAAAAGAACAAAUUUAUAAGGUGCUGAACAAUUUAAUAGAUAAAAAAUUGGUGCAGUCAAUUAUGACACAAGCUGAUGAUUUAAUGAAUUCUCUAAAACAAAUUCCUAAUCUUCAAGUAUCUGAAGACUAUAGCCAAGGAUUGGUUCAGGACAGCAAGCAAUUUGUUCAAGAAAACUUAGAAGGUGCUUUGCUAGAUUGGUUAAGGCAGUCACCGAUUUAUCUAAAUAAGGACCUAAGAAACAAACAAACUCAGGAGCAAAUAAUGAUAGAGUUAGCUGAAUCUCUAGCAGCUGUUCUUGGCUCUCAAGCAAUACAAAAACCAGGUACGAAUCUAGACGAAGCUUUGUUAAAAGAAAUCUCUAAACACAUAGAGCGUUUCCCCUUAGGACCUGAAUUUAAAUCUAAAGAACAUAUUCGGAAGCUGUGUAAUCACAUAUUAGACUACCUGAAAAAAAUACAGUUGUUUCAAGAUAUUUCAGCAAGAGAUUCACAAAGAACAAAGUCUUCUUUCAUGUCUUCAACAAAUCAAUUAAAUGACAUUGUCAAAGAUUGGUGUGAUGCAUUGCCGCUUUCAGAUACAGACGGGGCUUUUCGAAUAAAACAAGAUCUUGCUAAUAGAAUAAUAUUAAAAGUAGGAGAAAUGAAUAUGAACCAAGAUAUAUUUAAUGACGAUUUGUUAUAUGAUGAAAUACUGCAAGAUUUUAUUGAUCAACAGGUAAAUGAGUUGCCAAUAGAAAAAGAUAUUACUGACGUCAGUAAAAAAAUUCUCAUUGAUCAAAUUAAACAAAUUAAACAAAAAAUACAAGACGAUUUUAUUGGAAGAAAAUACAAGCAACAACUUCGCGAUACUAUAUCAAAUAUCUUGCCUUCAAUGGCUUGCCCAACGGCAGAGGACCUGGCAUCGUUCGAGUUGAUGAAAGAGAAUCUUGCGGAUGCUUUUAUCAACCUAAAUUAUUCAGUAGAAGAUGACACAGCUAGGGCUAAAUUUAAACGCAGAAUAAUGGAUGAAGUCAACAAAUAUGUUAAUGACUAUUUGAAACGUUGUCCAGCAACUCCCGUUAGUACAAGAAAGCUUAACGAGGACUUGUAUAAUGCUUUAAAGAAUGUGCCAGUACCCGGCGACGAAUCAAUGCGAACUGAAGUAGAGUCUGUACGAAUGAAAGACGUUAUCAAUGGUUGGCUUAAAACAUUGCCUAUGAGUAGACAGUCUAUAUCUGAACAAUUACAUACGAAUAAAGUAGUAACACUAAUGGCGCAAAAACUGCAAGAAUUAGAGAACGAGUUUCAUCCCGAUUUUGAAGCAAUCGCAGUAGCAGAGAUUGCCACAUACCUAAAGAAGCUUCCUUUAAAUAAUAAAAACAAUCUACAAGAGAUGGCUAAGAAAUUGGUCGACAAGAUAAAAAAUACUGCUGAAUCAAGAGCAUUUGUUGAAGGAACGAGAUCUAAACUCACUGAUGACUGUUUAUGUGAAGAUUUUGCAUUGCCAUGCAUUCCAAGGCGAAUUAGCUACCCGUCCUGUGCAUCUUUUAUCCCUCCUUGUGGAUUAAGCAAAGAGGACCAGGAAAAAAUGCAACGAAUAAGAGAGCGGGCUGUGCUUUGUGAAGUUGGUACACAAUCACGACGAUGUAGAGAUGCCGCUGUGAAUCCACCGCCCUUGAAUCACGAGAGUCAAACAGACAUGCCUUGUAACAACAAUAAAUAUUGUCAACAUGCAGAGAAGCCUGAACAUGUGUGCUGUAAAUCUGCCACACUAAGAACCAAACGAAUACCAAUCAGCACUCGUCCUUGCCCAUCGACUUCAGGCCAGGCUGACUGUUCCCCAUACGUCGUAGUGAAAGAAUAUUAUUGGGAUUCGAACUUAGGUAACAAGGUAGAAUUCGCAACUCAAACUCCCGUUGAAGAAUCUGGCAGAAUAUGUAUACCUUCGUCAUUCUUAAAUACUGAACGCUUAUGUCGACCCCGGUCCACACUAACAUCACGAAGAGUUCCAGUUAAACAGCGCUCACGCCCAGAAGCUUCUACUUGUCAAAGACCGACACCAAGAAGACAAUUCACUAGCGCUUGCCCAAACGAAUUCUUCAACCGUCCGAAACACUGUCCGAGAUCUCCUCUUGUACCAGAUUAUUUAAGAAGUAGUUACAGAUGUGUUGGACCAAGUUGUACUCGUGGUCGAAUGAAGUCACCUUGCUUGUCUUGUAAGAGAGAUCCCACGACAAUCUGUGAUAAAUGCUUCCCAAUGCAUGUGUGUCCACAUCCUACAUGUCUUUAUUUUAAAUGA